AUGGCGUGGCACACUGCAAGGGUAGAUAAAGCUGGUUCUGUCUCCAACAAGUGCACUAUUUUUCACCAUGAAAGGCCUCCUUCUCCCAAGCUUGAAAUCUUAGCCUUCGAGACAGCCAAAACCAUGUCCCGCCUUGUUGCCCUGUAUAAGUCUCUGUCUGAUGAUGAAUUCUUCAAACUCCGGACAGGUCCCAUGAAAUCCACUGGCGUUGCGGUUUUGAACUCCACAAAUGAAAGCUAUCUUCUUGGCCUUGCGUGUAAAGAGAAGUUCGAUGAUCUCGAUCAGGCUGCCAGCAUAGUUUCACGUUUGGGUAAAAAAUGCACCGUUGAAGAACUUAACAGGUUUGAAUUCGCUUACCACAAAAUCAAGCAGGGAAUUAUUGAUGUCAGUAACCUUCAUUUUAACUCCAGAAACGUUGGAAAAAUCAUUGAGAAGAUGCAGAAAUACGCGAAUGCGACAUCUAUUCUGUACGCAUCUUUGGCAGCCCUCAACGAAUUAGAAAUAUCAGAGAAGAACAUGCAGAAAUGGAAGAGAAACGGCUGCCCCAAAAAAUCAUCAGAAAGGACCAACAUUGACUACUUCAACAAGAAAAUCUCUUUCCAAAGAAAACAGGUCCAACAUUUCAGACAGAUUUCCCUUUGGAGCCAAACAUUUGAUAAGAGCGUUGGGUUAAUGGCUCAAAUCGUUUGUGUUGUUUAUGCCAGAAUAUGCACCAUUUUUGGACCCUUUGUUCCUAGCCUGCCUCGCAGCACCAAGAACAGACAUUUUCAUACGCGCCUUGUUAUGUCGAACCCCAAAACUUUACACAUGAAGGUUUAUCCAGGGACCAAUUAUAGCCUCCUUGUAAAUAAAGAGAAGUACAAGAAACAGGCCUCCAAAUCGGCUCCAAUCAUGAAAACUUCCAGGAUCAAACCAGGUUCCACCCGUUUCCACAGCAGGGAACUGUCACCUGAAGAUAAAAGCUUAGGUUUCCGAAUUUCAGCUGUCACCAUAACCGAUAAAGUCUCCUCCAGAACCAACAAAAUUGAGGGAAAAACUAGAAGAAACCAAAAGCUGAUCCAUUCGGCUCCAGAUAACACUGUAGGAGCAGCAGGGCUCGCAGUUCGUUAUGCAAACGUAAUCACCAUGGCGGAGAGCUACUUCUACUCAACAACAACCAUCAGCGACGAGGCAAGGGAGCACAUGUUCGAGAUGUUACCAAUAAGCCUGAAACACAGACUGAGAGGGAAGCUCAAAAGCCAUUGGUGCAAGGAAGCUGAAGAACGUGAGGGGCAACAGGAUUUGGCAGUAGGGUGGAGGGAGGCCUUCGAGGCGAUAAUAGGGUGGUUGGCUCCAGUGGCGCAUGAUACGUUGAGGUGGCAGCAAGAUAGGAACUUGGAGCAACAAAAAUUAGAUGCAAAGCCGACAGUUUUACUGUUGCAAACAUUGCAUUUCUCGGAUUUGGAGAUAACCGAGGCUGCAAUUGUGGAGGUUUUGGUGGGGUUGAGUUAUAUAUAUAAGUACGAGAGUAGGCGGGAGAGGAGUGGUGUUGGCUAUAGUGAACCCAACGUUACCCUUCUCGACGAAGGGGAAAAGAAGGAAGUGAAUGACAGAUAUUGUUUGGUGGAAGAAUAA